CGCAGAACGGCAGCCGGAAGCCGCCGCUGCUACGUGCGUGUGCGUGUGUGUGUUUGCGUGCUGGCGGUGUCGUCUCGGGCUGCUGUCCCUCCCAAUCAUUGCUCCUUCAAUGACCGAGUCCGAUUUCCUCAAUUACUUCUCCCUCCACCGGCAGUGAUCAGCGGGCUGAAUGCUCUGUCUGUGAUUCACCAGGAAACAGGACCCUCUCCCUGAACUACAAACUUGAAGCCUGCACAUUAACGGAGUGUGUGGGAGCAUCAUGUGGAGGAAGGCUUCGGUAGCGGCCCUGCUGGCGUUAGCUGUUGGCUAUCUGUACUACGGCAGCCCGGAGCUGCCAGAGCAGAUUCUGCAGUACAUCAGCCUGCCAAACAUCCAGUCGCCAUCUCAGAACAGCCCGAACAGCCAGAAGAGCGUGGAGCAGUUGAUCUCCGCUGCCUGGGACGCUCUGAUCACUCUGCCGACCCGGCAGUGGAGCAAAGUGGCGGUCGGGGUGAACGCCUGCGUCGACGUGGUCCUCUCAGGAGUGGGGCUGCUGCAGGCUCUGGCUGUAGACCCCGGCGUCGGCCUGGAUCACGAGGUGCUGCGCUCCAAAGAGGACUUGAGGGAAGCCUUCAUCCACUACAUGGAGCGCGGAGCAGCUGCCGAGCGCUUCUUCAGCGACAAGGAGGUCUUUCAGAGGAUUGCCCGUGCUGCAGCAGAGUACCCCGGUGCGAAGCUUUAUGUGGGAGGGAACGCCGCCCUGAUUGGCCAGAAGCUCGCCACCUACCCUGACCUGAUGGUCUUGUUAUGUGGGCCAGUUGGUCCUAAACUUCAUGAGAUGCUGGAUGAGCAGAUAGUUGUCCCCCCGGAGUCUCUCCAGGAGACGGAUGAAUACCACCUCAUCUUGGAGUACAAAGCAGGUGAACAGUGGGGUUCAAUUCAGGCGCCUCAGGCCAACCGCUUCAUCUUCUCUCACGAUGUGUCUAACGGGGCGAUGAGCUCGCUGGAGACGUUCGUGGCGAGCCUGGACGACUUCCAGCCCGAACUGGUCGUCCUGUCGGGGCUCCACAUGAUGGAGGGUCAGGGCAGGCAGCUGUGGGAGGAGCGACUGAAGGAGGCCGUGUCUGCCAUAUCUGACAUCCGUAGAGAUGUUCCAAUCCACCUGGAGCUGGCAAGCAUGACCGACAAAGACUACAUGAACAGCAUCAUGCAGGAGCAGGUUAUGCCCAUUGUCAGCUCCAUUGGGCUGAACGAGCAGGAGCUACUCUUCCUCUCCCAGGCUGGCGAGGGGCCUCACUCAGACUUGGCUGCCUGGAAGGGUAUUCCAGACAUGGGCCGGGUCAGCGACAUCCUCCUCUGGAUCCUGGAGCAGCACGGCCGCAGCGACCCGUCAUCAGAGGCGGACCUGACUCGCAUUCACUUCCACACGCUGGCCUACCACAUUCUGGCUACGGUGGAUGGAUACUGGGGGAACCAGGCGGCGGCGGUGAUGGCCGGAGCGCGAGUGGCCAGCAGUCAGUCCUGCGGCCUCCAGACUGUUGACGUUAGCAAAGUGGAGCUCAAAGCUCCACUGGAUUUUCACAGCUCACACUCUGAGCCACGAGAGAAGCUGUCGCUGAACCCAGCGGAGCCGGUCACCGUGUGGCGGCGAGGAAACGUCACCUUCCACAUGACGCCGGUGCUGGUCUGCAAACAGCCACUUCGGACAGUAGGGCUCGGGGACGCCAUCUCGGCAGAGGGACUGAUCUACUCCGAGUUAAAGACCCAGCAGCCCUUCUGAGGUUCCCUUGAAUCUGACACUCCGUUUGUCUGGAAAACUCUGAUGUGAAGCGCUGAAAAGACCCAGUGAAGCUUCACCUGCAGCUGUGGUUGUUGGUUCGGAGUCAUGUUCUCUGUGUCUUUCUUCCCGAAGGAAAUUCCUGCCUGAUGACUCCUCUCCAGCCUGCUCCGGCCUCCUCUGUUCUCCUUCCUCUAAUUCUCCAGCAGACACAGAAACUAAGGGAAGAACAUACUAGAAGUGGAUCCGACCGGGCUGUGAGGUGGCCUGAUUCUAUGCACUGGGCGCAGCUCAAAGCCAUCGACACAAACUCCCCAAGAGUUUUGUUGGUUCACCUAAUUUGCUUUGACCUGCAUACCUUCAGUAUGCUGUGCCUUGAGAAAAAUGAAACGUUAUUCUUGAAUAUUUUAUUCGUAUUUUAGAGCCAAACAACUUAAAGAUAAGCACCCUGUCAGUUACCUUUCUGAGAUUCAUGUAUUUACACUCUCGUAUAAACAAAUGUGUUUGACUGGAAUCUGGUGAGCGUCUUAAUAUAAUGUAGAAUCUAAGUGGUAUUCUUGAUGUUCUUCAUUUCUUCAUGUCAAAUAGUCAAUAGAUCACUUGAAAGCUCAUUCGGACACCGGUGGGUAUAUAACUGUUAUCUAGAUAUACUUGACAUUUUUGUUAUCUGUCCUGUGAGGAUAAAAAUGGUAGACAGUUUAACAAUGUUUAUGUUUUCUCAGUUUGUGGCCUGAACACUCCCUUUUAUAAAGAUGUUUAAAGGGGCAAUUUGUAAGAUAUGGCUAGAAUUUUAAUUCGAAACAUUUAAAAAAAAAAAUUUAAGAAAUGAACCAACAUUAUCAUAGGUAUGUGAAGUGUCCACGUUGUUUCAAAGACAUCUGUGUACCGUGUUGCAGAAAUAUCUACGGAAGUUAACGUGCUAACCAGCUAGCUGGCAGUAGCCUGAUAGUGUAGUUCUUAUUUUCUACUUCUCACGAGCGCUCUUGGCUUUUUAAAUCUAAUAAACAAAAUUAAGUCACAAAAUUUCAACAAAGGAAUAUUUCUGACCUUUUUCCUUACUGAAUUGAGAAAUAAAACUGCACCCCUUCUGGAUUCGCGUUUUGGAACCAAGAUGAGCUUUAAUGCCUCAGUAACUCCUCUUAAAACGCACUUCAUUCCAACUCGACAGAAACAAAUUAGAACCACCAAAAGAGUCUUUAGUUUUCUUUCUCCAGUCUACUCUGGUUUUGUCCAAAUAAAUUCUCAAUUCAUUGGGUAGGUUCCGUCUCUGCGCGCAUUUUUCGCCCAACAGCCCCCUUUUGCAGUCACUCAUAGACACCAGUCACCCAAAAAUGCCCACUGCAAGACAGUUCUCUAGUGAUAUACUGCCCCCUAUUUGUUUGUAGCGCCACACAACACGUGGCCAUAUCUUAUAAGUUGCCACUUUUAAGGUUAGAAACUCCACAUCGAGCAAACAACAGCAACAACUCUGUUGCUUGCUCUGCAUUAUAAAUUCCUGAUGCAGCGUUUGAAUAAAAGUGUGAUCAAAUAAUGAAGUGUUACACGAAAAAAUUGCAAAGUUAAACAUGGUUUGAGGGGGAUUUUUCUUUAUGCAGUAAAGCAGUUUACAAUCAGGUUAAACUAAAGGCUCCGUUUGAAAUUAAAGAUAAAAUCAGUUAAAAGAAAAAAGAGGUGUAGGUCAUUUGCUAUCAGGGUUACUGUACUUUUGUAUUUACUGUUUUUUGUUUACUGCUUUCCCUCUCCUAUAAAAUGUGAUAAUGUACCAGUGUAACAUACUGCAAGAAAAGUUUCCUGAUUCUGUUUCUGGCAUAUACAUGAAUUGUGCUUUUUGUGUCAUGGGUUGUUUGUUUUUAUUUUCUGAGCUUACCUGGGAACGCCUGUAUCAUGUUAGAUGUACAAUAUGUAACUGUCAGAACAAUGUAUUUGUAUACCUCACAUGGCCACUGAAGGCACGCAAUAAUGGAGUCUUAAUGCAAACAUGCAACAAAAAAAAGAUGUACGGCAUUUUGUUUAGCAGAAUUAAUUCUUUGCACUAGUAGGAAGUGGCAGGUGUGCCUGCAAAGGUGAAUGUAACCUUAACUAAACCUUAAUCCGAACCCCCCCCUUUAUUUUUAGCAAGUACAAUCUAUUCAUCUUCACUCAUUUCAUAGUUUGUGUCUCAUGUUUUUAACAUUCGUAACUUUCAACAAGUUUCAUUUACUUGUAGUUUGUCAUUAAAGUGUGUAUGGAGAGAAGAACUUG